UUCACUAUAUCUGGUCUACCACAGUACACAUAACACAGAAGUGCAAAUAUUUUAGUAAAUAUAAACUAUUAAAUACCUUUUUACUAGUUAAAGCUUGUAGGAGGAAUUUUCAUUCUGUUUUAGGAGGCUGCAUAACCCCUGACCCUCUGUCUGGACAAUGCUGAUUGGCCCAGUGCUGAUAACAUGCACUCUCCCAAGAAAAAAAAACCUCUCUAGCAAUACACACCAAACUGAACAUGUGCAGAGUGACUCCACACUAUAUGUCUUAUCAAAUGAUAAGAGGGGGACACUGGAAGAAGGGGAGGAUCAGAGAAGUCAGGAUCAAACAGCAUUUUUAUACAAUGCAAAGGAUUAACCCCUUAGGUUCCACAGUGAGUAUAACCAGCAUGCUUUACUGCAUAUACAGGCUGA